AAUAUUUUUUUGAGUGUUUGUGUGACGGAAAGAUCAACACGCUUUCGGAUCGUCGUUGGAGAUUUUCGCUUUUGUUUCGACCACUCGCCGCCAGAUACAAGUCUUCACACCUCGAGCUACUUAUUCGUCCCUUUUUCUCAAAGACCGAAAGGAUCUUGGGAAGAAAAGAAGGAAGUUACCCACAGUACUCUAAAGUGACACCUGGAUUGUGAAAGAACACCUGUGAGUGUAGAGAUUUAAAAGGAAAAGAGGAAAAAAAACACUUGGGAACCCGGUACCUUUGCCUCCCACAAGCUCAGCAUCGAUCGCCUCCCUGUAUACUUCUUUUUGUACUUCGGGCUCCUCCUCCGAGUUCGUCCGGUCCGACCUCGCCGACCUCGCGCCACGUCGGGUCACAGAGGCAGUCCCUCCAGAACCUCAGCCAAGUGUCUAGCUCGGAACCGGUGACUUCAGCAGCACCAUGAUUGCCACCGACAUCAGAAGGGAGUCCCUCAAGGCCACAAAGAAUGUCUUGGGCUCUCUGAACUCAGCCAUUGCGGACUCCAUCGCGCACGGCAAACGAAGUGACAUGCGCCUCCGCCUGGGUUGGCUCCGUCGCCGCGGGGAGACCCAGUGCAGCGUCAGACCCCAGCCCGAAGAAGCGCAGAGUUGGGCCGAGAGCUUCCAUAACCUCAUGGCUUCGAAAUACGGACAGGCGCUGUUCAAGGCCUUCCUCCAGAGGGAAUUUAGCGAAGAGAACGUCGAAUUCUGGAUGGCCGUAGAAGACUUCAAGAAGACCCGAAGCACCAAGAUGUCUUCGAAGGCUUUCAAGAUCCACUCGGACUACGUCGCGGUCCAGGCGCCUAAGGAGAUCAACCUGGACCCCGCCACCCGCGCCCAGAUCGCCAAGAACCUCGAGUGCCCCGACAAGUACAUCUUCGACGCCGCGCAGAAGAGAGUGCAGGCGCUGAUGGAGUCCGACGCCUACAUCCGGUUCCUGCAGUCGGAGCUGUACAAGGAGCUGCUCCACCCGGAGUCCUCCUCGCCCUCCAACGCCGACACGUUAUAGGACCCUUGCUGCAUGUCGGUUGCGAGCUCGACCAUGCACUUGUAGCCCCAGCCCGUGCAAGAGGCUGGAGGUUUGGGACCAGCUGAGGCCACAGCGAUAACAGCGCUAGCAGCAGGAGCGCCAACCUGGAGUGCCACUUGGAGCGCCACCCGGAGCCCGGCGAGGCCCCUGCGAGGAGUGGCGGUGCCUCUCCCGCCACGGAAGGCCACGCCGUUCGUGUGGGUGACCCGCGCCUCCGGCCAGGGAGCUAAGGGCUGUUACUCGACCUCCUCGAAGUCCUCCUUGACCGCUUCGAGAGGCAGCGGCGGGGCGUCUGCGCUGCCGUCGGCGACAGGAAAUCUGGGGAUAUUUAUAUAUAUUUAUUAAAAGGUGAUAUAUAUAUAGACAUACAUUAUAUUUAAGGUAUAUUUGUAUUUAAGAAACAUAUAAAACGGAGAAUCUUGAUUGCAAA